AUGGGGAAAUUAAUCCGUCUCGAGCUGUUCAAUUUCAAGUCCUACAAAGGACACCACACCCUCCUCUUCGGCGAUUCAUACUUCACAUCCAUCAUCGGACCCAAUGGAUCAGGAAAAUCCAAUUCCAUGGACGCGAUCUCCUUCGUCCUUGGAAUCAAGUCUUCGCAGCUCCGCUCGUCUCAUCUGAAAGAACUCGUUUACCGCGGCCGGGUCAUGAAGACAAGCAAGAUCAAUGAUGACGGAUCAGUUCUCGAGCCGGCCACCAACGGUACCACCAACGGACACGCCAACGAGGACGAGGAUACAUCGCAGAGAAGCUCCCGUAACGACCCGAAGACUGCAUGGGUGAUGGCCGUCUACGAGGACGAUGCAGGUGACGAGCAAAAGUGGAAGCGUACUAUCUCGCCCCAGGGGACUAGCACAUAUCACAUCAACGAUCGUGGUGUCACAGCGCAGCAAUACAACGAGGCUUUGGAGACCGAGAAUAUCCUCAUCAAAGCGCGCAAUUUCCUAGUCUUUCAAGGAGACGUUGAAGCGAUCGCGUCGCAAUCUGCGCAAGACUUAACACGCCUGAUCGAGCAAAUCUCGGGUAGCUUGGAGUACAAGACAGAAUAUGACAAGCUCCAGGCGGAGGCGGAGCAAGCCACGGAGAAUCAGAACUUCCAACUCCACAGGCGACGUGGCAUCAACUCCGAGAUCAAGCAGUACCAGGAACAAAAGAAAGAGGCCGAGAGUUUCCAGAGAAAGACUGAGGAGCGCGACGAAGCCAUCGUGACACAUAUCCUCUGGAAGCUGUACAACUUUCAGAAGGUCAUGGAUGAGUCCAGCGCACAAAUACAGGAGCACCAACAGAACCUGAUUGAAUUUCGCCGGAAUGUUGAGGCUUUCGAGAAGAAACUCGAGGCAGCCCGAAAAGAAUACACGACGGUGGGCAGAGAAGUGAGCAAGAUCGAGAGGAACAUCCGUGAGAAAGAAAGGGAGAUCGAGGAGAGAGAGAAUGGCCUCGUCCCGAUCAACGAGAAGGUGGCUCAGAGUACCAAUGACAUCGAGAGGUUGAAGAGGCGUGCCGAAGCUGUGAGCAAGGAGCGCGACGACCAAGCCAAAGCUAUCCAAAAGGCUAAAAAGGACCUGGCGACUGUCGAGAAAGCUCAGCAGGAGUUCGACAGGCAGUGGCAGGAGACCAUCAAGAAGCAAGGCAAGCAACUCACGGAUGCAGACCGCAGGGAAUAUAACAAUCUGCGGGCUCAGGUCAUGGCAAAGUCGUCACAGAAUCAGGCCCAGCUUGACAGUCUCAUCCGCCAACUAAAAGGUGACGAAGUCACGGUCAACAGUCUCAAAGGCAAAGUCGACACUUUCCAAGCCACAGUUGAGAAGCUCAACGGCGAGCUCGAGACUAUCCGAGAACGCAAGGAGGCCACCCAGGAGCUUGUACGGCAGAUCUCAUCUGAACUGGAGGACAACAAGAAGGAGCACAAUAACCUGGUCUCUGAGAGAGUCAGGAUCAACAACUCCAAGACUGAGCUGGACGAAAAGAUGCACGAUCUCGGAAGGAAGAUCGAAGAGGCCGAGGGCGGCAAAGCGGAAAGCGACCGAGAGAAGAGGACCAAGGAAAUGGUCCAGAGCCUCAAACGCAUGAAUUCGGGAGUGCGUGGAAGAAUCGGCGACCUCUGCAAGCCCAAGCAGAAGAAGUUCGAUGAGGCUGUCAUCACUGCACUUGGUCGUGACUUUGACUCUGUUGUCGUGGACACGGAGAAGGUCGGUCUCGAUUGUGUUGAGUAUCUCAAGCAGCAGCGCUAUCCUCCCAUGACCUUCAUUCCGCUGGACAACAUCAAGACGAACGCCCCAAACUCAGCUGUCAAAGGCAUACCCGGAGCGCGACUCACAAUCGAGACGAUCGAUUUCGACCAGUCACUUGAACGUGCCAUGACGUACGCUUGUGGCAGUUCCAUUGUGUGCGACACUUUGGACAUUGCCAAGGAGGUCUGCUAUAAGAGGCGAAUCCCCGUUAAAGCCGUGACUCUGGAGGGCUAUGUGAUUCACAAGGCUGGUUUGAUGACUGGCGGUCGGUUGCCAGAGCGUAAGGGCGGGAAGCGACAGUUUCAAGAGCACGACGUCCAGAAUCUGCGGAAGCAGCUCGAGAAGUAUCGUGAGACGUAUUUCUCACUGCCACGGCCGGACAGGACUAAGGAAGAGACCCUGAGGCAAAGCCUCGCAAGCCUCGAGCAACGGCUAAAGGCAGCCCGUGGCGAGCUGCAGGCCUUUGAAAGGAAUGAAGCGAGCAAGAAGAAGGAACUGCAACAUGAAGAGAGACAACUUGAUGAAUGGGAACCGAAGUAUGAGGAGAAGAGCGGCGAACUUGAAGCAACGCGCAAGGCAGUCGAUAAGUUCGAAAGCGCCAUUGCAGCAGUGCAAGACAAGAUAUUCGCCGACUUCUGCAAGAGACUUGGAUAUGCAGAUAUCCGCACAUACGAGGCACUGCAAGGCAGCCUGGAACAGGAAGCGUCUAAGAAACGAAACGGGUUUGAGGUGCAGAAGCAGAAGCUGAAGAGUAUGUUGACACUGGAGUCAUCUCGGCACGAUGAGACCCAGCGACGUCUGCAGCUGAUCAAGUCAAGUCUCGAGCGGCUGGAGGCCGACAUUGAGGCAUACGAACAAGAAAAGGCAGCCAUCGAGGAGACAUUAGGCGCACACCAGGAUGAGCUGGAGGCGCUCAAAGAGAGCCUAGACGAGGUGAAAGAGAAGCAGAGCAAGAAGGUGGACAAGGUGAACGAGGCCAAACAAGAAGUACAGAAACGGAGCAGGGACAUCGAGGCGCGGCUGAAGGCAAUCAGCGCCCUGGAGGCUGAAAUCCAGAAGAACAGCUCAAGCAAGUUCGCGCUUCUCAGGCGCUGUAAGCUGGAGCAAGUGCAAAUUCCUUUGGCAGAGGGCUCACUCGACGACUUGCCAAAUGAGGACCAGCUUCUGCGUCAAGAUCCGGAUGCAAUGGAUAUUGACGAAGGUGACGAAGCUGAUAUGGAAGCCGCCCUGGACGACUAUGGCGUCGAAGUCGAUUUCGACAGCUUGGAUGACGAGCUCAAGAUUACGGAUGAAGACGUGGAGGAGAAGCUUCAAGAAAAGAUCAGCUCCCUCACGGCCGAACUGGAGAAGCUGAAUCCGAACAUGCGCGCCAUCGAACGCCUGGAAAGCGUCGAGAACCGGCUCAAGGCGACCGAGCAGGACUUCGAGAACUCGCGCACUGCUCUCAAAGAAGCUCGCGACGCGUUCAACACCGUAAAGGCGAAGCGGUUCGAGCUCUUCAACAAGGCCUUCGAGCAUAUCAAGGAGCAGAUCGUCGCGGUUUACAAGGAUCUCACCCGAUCGGAGGCGUUUCCCAUCGGUGGCCACGCAUACCUCGACAUUGAGGACGACACUGACACGCCGUACCUGUCGGGUAUCAAAUACCACGCCAUGCCACCAUUGAAGCGUUUCCGAGACAUGGAACACCUUUCUGGUGGUGAGAAGACCAUUGCGGCCCUGGCGCUUCUUUUCGCCGUCCACAGCUACCAGCCCAGCCCGUUCUUCGUGCUGGAUGAGGUGGAUGCUGCGCUGGACAAUGCGAAUGUAGAGAAGAUCAAGAAGUACAUUCGGGAGCAUGCUGGCCCGGGCAUGCAAUUUAUCGUUAUUUCGCUCAAGACAGGCUUGUUCCAAGACAGCGAGAGCCUCAUCGGGGUUUACCGAGAUCAGGAGGUCAACAGCUCCAAAACUCUGACCUUGGACCUUCGGAAAUAUGCCUGA